AUUCGACACACCACCAUGCCGGACGAUGAGCCCCCGCUUCUGCCCGCCCCCAUCCCCGGCCCCCAGCCAUCCCGCUUGAAGCGAACGCUACAAACGCUCCGCUCGCCGUUCCGCUCCGGCGCGCCCUUCCACAUUGCGUCGCUCAAGCGCACCGGUUCGAAUAAAUCCUCAGUAUCGGACGGUGAGAUCGCGCGAGACGAACGCACUAUGCGCAAGAAAAAUAAGAAAUUACGCGCGGAGUCGGUGGACGCCUCGCGGAGCACUGACAGUUCGCCGAUCGUUGAAAAAAAGAAGUCCACUGGAUUACUCAAACGAAUGGGAAGUAUUGGAAAGCGGCGAGGAGAAAGUUCCACGACACCAUCGCUUUCUGAUGAUCCUGGACCUGAAUCCGAACAAGGUGAUCAACAUGAAGCUCAAGUUAAUUCUUCGGAUCCCGAUCAAGAUCAGGUUUUACCAAAGCCAGAAUCUGACGCAUCUGUUGAGCCCGAAAAGCAAGAACAACAAUCCACCAACACUACGGAAUCUAAGUUAGAUACCACUUUGCCAGAGCCAUCUGCAUCACCAGAACCGCCUUUCAUUCCUAUAGCGGUAGAACAUCCAGUAGCGAUGCGUGCCUUUACAAAAGAGGCGUGGAAACGACGGCGUAAAACUGAAAUCGUGAAACCUGUAGAAGAACCGAGUCCGGGUGAUGCUCUAAAGCGACGCAUAGCGUUUGUCGCGCAGGCGUCAGUUGCCCUGUCAGAGGAUCGUGACGAUGACGAGGAUGAGGUCGAGGAAGGAGGGGGUGAGGUGGGGACACUGGAGGCGGCGGUGUUACUGGCGCGGCAGAGACUCGCUAUGGCUGCGCAUUCGCCCGCGCCGCCGCAUUCGUGUGACAACAACGAAACGGAAGAGGAGGGGUGUGCGGACACGACAGACGCAGCGGACACGAUGCCGGCUUACGGAGACCUCAUCGAGCCGGAAAACAAAGCUGACAAUGACGACGUACCACCGUCUGGUGCAUCUGGUGGUGAGAGGCGAGAACAUUUAUACAAAAUCCUGGUGAUCGGAGAACUUGGUACGGGCAAGACUUCUAUCAUCAAGAGAUAUGUUCACCAGUUCUUCAGCCAGCACUAUCGAGCGACGAUUGGAGUCGACUUCGCUCUCAAAGUCCUUAAUUGGGACGCGAACACAGUUAUACGUCUACAAUUAUGGGACAUUGCGGGCCAAGAGCGUUUUGGGAACAUGACGCGCGUGUACUACAAGGAGGCUGUGGGCGCGUUCAUAGUGUUCGAUGUAUCCCGCGUAGCCACAUUCGAUGCAGUUGUCAAGUGGAAGAACGACUUGGAUACCAAAGUUCAAUUGCCUGAUGGGUCGCCUAUACCGUGUAUACUGUUGGCAAAUAAGUGUGACCAGCAAAAAGAAGGUAUAGUGAAUUCACCAGCAAAAAUGGAUGAAUAUUGCCGGGAGAAGGGAUUCGCAGGAUGGUUCGAGACCUCCGCUAAGGAGAACAUCAAUAUUGAGGAUGCGGCUCGUUCAUUAGUUAAUAAGAUUCUUCUAAACGACAAACUGCUUCAAAGCAGCGAUAAAGAUGGUGAAGGAUUCGCCCUUGACCACAAGAUCGCAAACGGAGAAAAUAAUCGCGACACAAGUUCAAGCAAAUCCUGCGCUUGCUGACCGACCACGGUGCAAGACCACAUGGUCACUUCGAUCCACCCUCGUGGUCAAAUCAAAUUGUGUUUAUAGUGGUUUAUUAGUUGUUGUUAUAUAUAAUUUACAUGACGUCAUUCGAUCGAUAAACAUAUUUCUGUUGACUAUUCAACAAUAAAUAAAUUAAUCUGUUUUUCAAAUUUCUAAACUUUUCCUUAAAAUUAAUAACAUUCAAAUGUAUUAACAAUUAUUUUAUUUUUGUUUGAACGUUGAUUUCGAAUUGGAAUUAUUUGAAGUUAAAUUAUUGUCAUUUUAAAUAUUUUGCUUAUGAUUUUGUUAACCAAACAGUGUUAUUGUUAAAAAAAAUGACCGGACGCGAUACUGAGUCUGUGCCUUAAAGUAAUUAAAAUGGUAUCGUGUUCAAUUGUGGCCUUAAUUUUUUUAAUUUACGUGAAUUUUAAGGACCUAUUAUAAUCGAAUUUAUAUUAAAUAUUUAUUGUGAAAUGUUUUCGCGGUUGUAAAAUCAAGCUAUUGUAUAAACAGAAGUAAUUUAUUCUGUUCGGUUUGUUAUUUUAAAAAGAAAUAUUAUUAGAAGUUGUGCGGAUUCUUUAAAAAGAUAAUGUUAUUUUUAGAUAUUAUGAUCAUUACAUGAUUUUGUUUGCUUAUUUCAAAUGUCAAAUAGAUUUCGUUAAUAUUUUAUCUUGUUUUUACAUACCGUAAAUAAUAGAGACGGCAUAAAGUGCCUCUUUACAUCGAAUUUCUUUAUCGUGCCUACGUGGGUAGAGUACCUUAAGUUAUUGUAAACUUUAUAAUUUAUGUCUUAAGUGCCAUUUUCGGCUAAAGUUAUAUAUAAUUAUAUAAAAAUUCUAGAUAAUAGUGUAUAAUAUUCGAGUUAUUUUAUUAUAAUAAGUAUUACUUAUUGUAUGAGAGCGUGUGAGUUUAUUUUAAAAUUAAAUGUUUUGAGA